AUGCCUGCAACUGGAGUGCCAGUUCCUGGACCAAAACCAGAUGGAAGGAAACCGAGCAGUGCCUCCUGGGCAGGCUGGGUCAGCGAGGACCAGCCAGAGAUCCCCAAGCUGAGGUAUACCUCGAGGAUGCUUGACCACAUCAGGCCUGUUUCUUCUUCCCUGGAGCAGUUUGUUCCAGAAGAGGUUUUCCAAAGCCUGACCUGUGCCAGCAGUUCUCUCUACAGCCCAAAGUACUUAGGGUCCCUGCAAACCACCAAAACCCCAAUGGGCAUUAGGGGCUGCCUGCAAACCCCAGAUCAGCUUUGGCAUUAUCUUAAUCGUCGGAGCAAUUUCAGACACCUGACAGACCACUCUGUCAGUUUGACGGGCGCUGGAAGGGAUGUUUCUUACCUGUGUGACGUUGCGACUGGCCAAGAAGCUAAGACAGCAGCGACUGGCAGAAGCUCUUUUUCUGAGGGUCGUCGGGACCAGAGAGCGAGCCGUGAUAGGCUGGUUCCCAAGGAAUUUCACAUCGUAAGAAUGGGAGUUUUGCCCUUGAAGUACUUCGAUGAUAAAUACACAACACGGCUUGAACACCAUGAAAAGAAACUAUGGUGGUUCCCAUCCGUGAAACCUUUUGGGAGGUUAGAGGUCAUCCAGCUGGUGGAGAUGAUGGACAGCAUGUUGGAAAAAGCUGGAGCAGACCAGAUAUUCAGAGUAACAGGACCUUCACAGAUGGAUAACCAUCUUGUGCCUCCUAGAAGCAAGUUUCUGGCCAAGCCAGCUGUCUGUAGGUCCUGUAAUAACCAGGGAUUUCCCCUCCUGAGCUUCCCUCCAUCUUCAUCUGAUCCACAAAGAAAAGUUAGCUUGCUGGUCGAGCUGUGUGAGGUACAAGAACAUGACUGCAAGGUGACCAAAGAAGCAGAAAAAGCUCAAAAGGAGCUAGCUGCAGCCAGGCAGGAGGAUAAAGCGAAUGCAAACCUUUUGGAAGAGCAUCAGGAGUUGUACAAGUUACAGAGAAGAUGACUGGAAGAGCAAGUUCUGCUGCUACCUCGAGAGAGAGACAUUCGGAGCUCAGCUGUGUAUGACCUGGCUCUGAAGAUAAUAGACAGAAACCAGCUCACAAUUGUUCACAGGCUCUAUGUUUAUGGAAAGACACUGAUCAAUGUUCUCAAGCAUUUCAUGGUCCUCUUGGCCUCAAAGGACAUGGGAGACCUGCCUGAUCUGCAGGAAGAGACUGAGCUGUUCAGGGAGGGCUUGGGUCCCACUGGAGCAGAAAUAGAGCAUUCCAAGGAGUCCAGCCAGAGAAAAAUGAAAAUUGUCUGCAGCAGCCUCAACAAGCAGCUUCAGUACUUCCACUGCAGUGACUCUUUGUAUCACAAACUUGAUGCUAAAAGAAGACCAGCAGGAGGUACACCUAAGAAAGCGGAAAGUCUGAGGAGCGCUGCCAGCCUGCAGGAGCGCUGGACAGAGCUGGGACAAACAGUGCUGAACCAACACCGGGACUUUGCUGGAGUGUUGCCUGCACAGCACGCUGUCCUGGAAGAAAUAAACCAAAGGACAUGUGAACUCUACCGGCAGUACAACGUAAGGAUAAGUAGGAAUAAUGGUACAGCUAGGUUUUUGACAGCCUUGGUGAGAAGCAUGGAAGAGCAAGGUUCUGGCAUGUAUGAGGCUGAAGUGCAGGUAUUUUAUCACAAGAAUCCUGCGUGGCUCACCCAGGUGGAUGCAGUGAUGAGCUGUAUAGGCUCCAGACAGUUGCAUGAAGCUGAGAGUGAUAAGAAACCACAUUUCCCAUAAGGACAGAGGGUGGUACCUAGAGAAUUUUUUCAGAUGAUUCAACGAUGGCUUCUGUCCAUGAAUAAUGAGGUUGAGAAGAGCAAUGUGCAUUUGAAUGAAAAA